CCUUCCUAUGAUUUGUCCAUGCAAUAUAUCCCCUUCUCUCGUAUCAUUAAAGCUUGUAAGUAGAAACAUUGCUUCAAUAGCAGGAUUCCUCUUGGCCACUCUUUGCUCACCUGUAGCUGUCGCAAGGCAGGACGAUGAGUGGGAGAAGCUGUUCAAGAUACCCAUUCACUGCUUCCCAAUGGCAGGAGAUGGAACACCAAGCGCUAAUCUUUAAGUACAUGGCUUCCGGCAUUCCCAUUCCUCCUGAUCUUAUCAUCCCCAUAAGAAGAAGUUUCCUCAUUGACUCCAACGCAGCCACUCCUUCUCUUCCUUUCGUUCCUCACACGCAAUUGGGGUGGAACUGCUUUCAGAUGGGAUACGGAAGGAAAACAGAGGACCCAGAGCCAGGGAGAUGCAGGAGAACUGAUGGAAAGAAAUGGAGGUGCUCCAAGGAGGCUUACCCUGAUUCCAAGUAUUGUGAGAGACAUAUGCAUAGGGGGAAGAACCGUUCCAGAAAGCCUGUUGAGAUAUCUCUUGCCACUAAACCAAGCCAUUCCUCUUCCUCUUCUUCUAAACAAAUGUCUCCUCAUUCAGCAAAUCUGUCAAUCUCUGCUCCAGAGACUUGCCACCUCUUCAGCCCUUACGCAAGUAUUUCUGAAACUCCUCCUUUCCAGUUGGAUUCUGCAAACUACUCUGAUAGGGAAUGCAGGAGUCAGUGGGUGAGCUCCAUGGCAGAAGCUAAACAGAGCAACUUCUUUCUGUCAAAGGAGGAAGAGGAGGAGAGGCAGAGGCCUCUGCGUCAUUUCUUCGACGAGUGCCCAGAGAGGAACAAGGAUCAAUGGAUGGACAUGGAAGCUGAAAAUAGCUCAUAUUACAAAACCCAGCUCUCCAUCUCCUUCCAGAAAUGGUUUUAAAAUACUCAUAUCAACCAAUUGAUGACAUGGCAAAUGGGAGAAGAGGAAAAGAUCUGAUUUUUACCAAGUGCUAUGAUGGUUUUCAGUCCAUUCACUGUUUAGAAGUCUGUUAUUUUGUUUUUUGCUAUGUUUAUUCUUCAGUUUCUGAGGUGAGGAGAGACCUGGCUUUUUGAAUUUUUUGUUUAGUUGCAUGUUUUUCCUCUGCAAAUGUGUGGUAUUUGUUUUUUUUUCUCUUGUCUGCGAAACUCUGUGCAGUCCAAAGUUUUAUGCUCUCUCUGUGUGACUAAAAUCUGCUGCAAAUCUGCUUUUAUUGGUCCAACUCUCUGUUGCCAAAAGCUUUUGUACUUGAAAGGGCACGAUUGCCAUUUAUUUGAUCCCUUGCA